AUGGGUCUCGCCGGUGCAAAGAACAAACGGAGACUCGGCAACGAUCCGAAUAACAACAGAUGGAUGCGCAACACCGAAUCUUUUGGCCAGAAGAUGCUGCGGUCGCAGGGGUGGGAGCCGGGCCAGUACCUCGGAGCCAAGGACGCGGCGCAUGCCGAAAACUAUGGAGCUGCCAGCGCAUCGCAUAUCCAGGUCACCUUGAAGGACGACACCCUCGGUCUUGGAGCCAAACGAAACAAUGGAGACGAGUGCACAGGACUGUUCGACUUCCAACACUUGCUCGGGAGACUCAACGGCAAGAGCGAGGAGGCGCUGGAGAGUGAGCUGAAGAAGCGCGAGGAUCUAAAGAUGAACUCAUACCUUGAGCGGAGAUUAGGGACGAUUCGCUUCGUUAGGGGCGGUUGGUUGGUGGGAGAUGUGUUGAAGGAGGAGCCACAAGAGGGUGCCGACAAGGGCGAGGUCAAUGGUGCUCAGGAGAGUUCCGAGGAGUCCACAGAAGAGAGCGCCGAGACAGAAGCCUCGGAGCCUUCAGAUCUCCCAUCAAAAAAGCGCAAGGCCGACGAGAACACAGAAAAGGACGACGAGAAGGCGCGCAAGAAGGAGAAGAAGUUCAAGAAGAGGAAAACUGAAUCUGAUGUUGAAACAGACAGUGCCGGCUCGAAGGAGAAGAAGAAGGACAAAAAGUCGAAGAAACGCAAGGUGGACUCGGCGGAAAGCGACACAGAGCCAACCAAGUCGGAGAAGUCGAGCAAGCGGGAGAAGCAGAAGAGCGAGUCUCCAGAAGAGGAGGUAGACACAUCGGCUGAGGAUGCUAAGAAGGCGAAGAAGGAGAAGAAGAAGGAAAGGAAGGAGAAGAAAGAAAAGAAAGAGAAGAAGGACAAGAAAGACAAGAACAAGAAGGACAAGCCAGUGUCAGAAUCAGGUUCAGAGGCUGGCGCAAGCAGUUCCAAGGAGAAGAAGCGCAAAAAAGAGGAGAGUGUCACCCCGGCAGUUGAAAGCGAUGCGUCAACGCCAACUGGGAGCGGUUACUCGACGCCUGUGACUACGAAUACCCGCUACCUGGCAAGGUCACGGUUUAUUGCCCAGAAGAAGAUGGCCUUUGCAGAUAGUGCGGCGCUCAAUCAGAUCUUCAUGAUCAAGUCCUAG